GUCCGGCAGAAUCAUGGACGUCAUUCCUAUGCAGAGCGCGCUAGUCUGGCCCCUCCCAACUGACGUCUGUAUCCAAUAAGGGCCAGGUGAGGGAGGGCGCAGAUAACUUCUGUGUUUACGUCUGCCAUGAGGAGAAGUGGGUCACGAAGUCUUUGGACACCUGAAAGCUACACUGCAGCUGCUCGUGAGCGGACAAGCGUGACUGAACGUGAGAAGCCAACGCUAUUCAGAACAUCGUUGCCUCGUCAAUUUCAAGAGUACAUCUUGACUCCAAGAUGCUUCUGGCGAGGAACAAUCCCUGAGUUCAACUUCCCUCAUCACCCUUCAUGAUGACGUGACGUCGCCAUAGCCUUCUGAGAGAAAACACAUCAUGGUGAAUUCAGAGAUUUACGAGUCAGCCUCUGAGUCUGAGUACCAGGCGGUGGCCCUGCCCAUCUCUGCGGUGAUGCCGCUGGUGGUGCCCGUCCUAGGGGAGUCCUACUGCCGAUGCCCCACCCAGACUGAGGUGACCCAUGACCCUGCCACUGGAGCCCCCCUCCUGGACUGCGGAUGUGGAGAAGAAGACCAAACUUGCGAUUGGGUAUGGGACGAGGCCUGCAAGUCGUCCUCCACGUAUCUGAGCUGCUCUGACCGGAAAGUGAGUUUUCACAUGGAGUACAGCUGUGGAACGGCCGCCAUCCGCGGAAACCAGGAGCUCGCAGACGGACAGCACUUUUGGGAGAUCAAGAUGACAUCACCAGUGUAUGGAACAGAUAUGAUGGUGGGUGUAGGCACAUCAGAGGUGAAUCUAGACCAGUUCAGGCACAGCUUCUGCAGUCUGCUUGGCACAGAUGGAGACAGUUGGGGUCUUUCAUACACAGGUCUUCUGCAUCACAAAGGAGCAAAGGUGACCUUCUCGCCACGCUUUGGCCAGGGAUCAAUCAUUGGGGUCCACCUGGACAACUGGCAUGGAACCCUGACCUUUUACAAGAACCGAAGAUGCAUUGGUGUGGCGGCUCGCCAGCUCCAGAACAAGCGCCUGUACCCGAUGGUGUGCUCCACGGCAGCCAAGAGCAGUAUGAAGAUGAUCCGCUCCUGCUCUGUGCCCACCUCUUUGCAGUAUCUGUGCUGCGACCGGCUGCGCCAGCACAUGCCGCCUAACGUAGACGUGCUCAGUGUGCUCCCCUUGCCGCCGGGCCUGCGCCGGCUCCUGCGCUCCCGCCUGGGCUGGGUGCUCAGCCUCAACCAGUCCAGCUCCGCCAGUGACACCGACUCGGAUACUGACGAGCACGCAGAAGACAGCGAGUGCUGCUCCAGCUCUGACUCGGAGUAUGUGGAUGCUCUGGAGUCACCCAGCGUGGAUCUGGUGGAGACCAGAACCCCAGUGGCCCUUCAGGAAAUCAGAGUGGACCUUCUGGAACCCAGGGUGAACCUUCUGGAAGGCAGAGUGGAUCUUCAGGAUGUCCGAGUAGACAUUCUGGAACCCAGAGUUGAUCUUCUGGAAGGCAGACCCAGAGUGGAUCUUCGGGAAUCUAUGGUGGACCUUCGGGGAUCUAGACUGGACCUUCGAGAAUCUCGAGUGGAUCUUCGGGAGCUCAGAAUGGACCUUCGCUCGUCCGCUGCUGACGUUCACGUGCCGGCAUUGGGUGCUGCUGCGGCGGCAUCUCUGCCCCCGUUGCUGUGCCCCUCCUGCCUACCGUCCUUCCCCCUGCUGCCUGACUUCAGCGGGGGUCACCAGAGCGAGGCUGCCACCUCCGACAGUGACACCGACAGCUGUGCCUCCGACCCUGAGACAUGCCAGAGAAAACGCUGCAGGUGGACAUGAGGAUACUGUCUCCUGAUAAGAACUUCACUGAGACAUGCACGUGCGCGCACAGACAGACACAGGCACAGACACAGACACGCAACAUACCUCCUUUCCUAUGCAGACUAAUCCAACAUAUGCAACUCAGUCUCUCAGUCAUGCGAUCUUCAUUCACGUACACUCUGACUGGAUAGACUGGUUGUUUGUAUGAUGAUUGUUUUACCUGUAGUGUUCAAUGAUAUUAGGCCUGGAAUACAGCUGCUGUGGUGUGCAUUAGUCAGGCCAAGAGCAAUACAAUAUCGUUUCUGAGCUCCCGAAAAAUCAGGAACUCCUUCCACUUUGUCGGGAAGCAUACAACCAUUAGCAAACCAAGGGAGGAAGGUCAACCAUGCUGUUUGGUCAGACCCAGUCUUGAAGAGAUUUGAAAGUCAAUGAUAAUCAAGCUAGUGUGCAUGGGUGGUGUUAUUUUUUUAAUGAACACUGAGCACAUUUGUGCACAAAAGUCCUUUUGAAGAAUCAUAAUAUGCAUUAACAUGUCUUUUUUUUCACUGCGCUCUAACUUAUAUUUGCAAUCACACAGUGAUCAUCUGCAGAAAUAGAACACCUGCUCUUUUUUAAGUAUUUUUUGGGGGGCUUUUCGGCCUUUAUUAUUAUUAUGGGACAGUAGAGAUUAGAUAGGACAUGGUUGGGAGAGAGAGAUGGGGCAGGCUCGGGAAAUGACCCCGGCCGGACUCGAACCGGGGUCCGCGUGGGCAAUGUAAGCCCAAAUAUGGGGGAC